CGCGCAGGCCGCGCCGCCAUGGCCGCGCUGCACGCCAAGGCCGGCGGGCCCCCGCAGAUCCCGGACACCCGCCGGGAGCUCGCCGAGCUGGUGAAACGCAAACAGGAGCUGGCGGAGACGCUGGCAAACCUGGAGCGGCAGAUCUACGCCUUCGAGGGCAGCUACCUGGAGGACACGCAGAUGUACGGGAACAUCAUCCGCGGCUGGGAUCGCUAUCUCACCAACCAGAAGAACUCCAACAGCAAAAACGACCGGAGGAACCGCAAGUUCAAGGAGGCCGAGAGGCUCUUCAGCAAGUCCUCUGUCACCUCAGCAGCGGCUGUCAGUGCAUUAGCUGGAGUCCAGGACCAGCUCAUUGAGAAGCGGGAGCCAGGCAGUGGCACAGAGAGUGACACUUCUCCAGACUUCCACAACCAGGAGAAUGAGCCCAACCAGGAGGAUGCUGAAGAGCUGGAUGGCUCCGUGCAGGGUGUGAAGCCUCAGAAAGCUGCUUCCUCCACUUCCUCUGGGAGCCACCACAGCAGCCACAAAAAGCGAAAGAACAAAAACAGACACAGAUAUUUGGAAGAAGUUCAGGAAUAACACAAGAAACUACAUCCGUGAACAAGUCCAGAGAAACAACCUGUAAAACUGAAGUACAGCUUAAGAAAACUGCCAUUUCAAACAAAUUAUAGAAUAUUCUCCCUGGACAAACCAUGGCCAACAACAUGGUGGGGUGCAGGGCAGGAGCUGGAACUGGCAUAAAUCCCUUUGCUCCGGUCCAUGAGCCAGACUUUAGGGACAGGAGCUGGGGGGAAGCUGCCCCCCAACAGGUUGUGUGGCUCUGGGUUCCUUCACAUCCCCCCUCUGCAGCUUUGGCUGCUGCUGCCAGGCCAGGCUGUUGGACAGAGGAGCCCUGCCCUACUCACCUGUGGCAGCUUCUGUGUUCCCAGGCCCCGUCAGACACUCCGAGGGGCUCAGUGAGGCAGGAACUGACUGUAAUGCUUAGCGGGGCCAGAUAGAUAAUUUAAAAAGAUAAAAAAAUCGUUAAAUUUGUCUGUAAUAAAAGCUCUGUUAAAAUUGUGAUUGCUGUUACUGACUAUCCCCUAAAUUUUGGCAGAUGACACCAAACAAUUCUCAAGUAUAUUUAGGCUAAAAACAGCCCAGCAACAACCCAGUCCCUGAACGUGCAGCGAGGGCGUUCCAGGCCCCACAACCCCACAGGUGCUCCAGCUAGACUUUUGGGUCUGUCCCCUGAGGGGUCUGGCAUGAAAAAGAGAAAAAUAAAAAGAAUUGUUGGCUUUUCUCUUUAUUCAGAAGCUCUUCCAUUUGCCAGCACGACUCUGGGCUUCACUCCCCCUCCCCGGGAGGGGCUGGGAAAGGGCCCUGCAGGAGCUCGGCCCCGCUGGGGUUCCCGUGUGGGGAGCUGGCUCAGCACAGGGACCUUUGGCCUCACAUGUGGGUGCAGAGGCUGUGCUGUCCCUCUGCUCCCUGCCACACCACAGCAGGGCCAGAGUGGAUGUUUUCUGUGUGCUGGGCUGUUUCCACAAGUGUUUGAGGGAGCCCAGCGCUGUUGGCUCAGUGCAGUCCUGGAGAGGGACUCCAUGAUCGAUCCGUCCUGAGUGGUGUCAGCCUUGGGCAGAGCUGUGGCACUUGUUUGAGCGGUGGGAAGGCACCAAACUGGUCAGCUCUGGCCAAACGUGCCAGGUCAGCAGUGCUGGGGGUGUGGGGGGAGCAGCCCAGAGCAGGGCUGAGCACCAAGCUCUGUGCCACCUCUACCUGAAGCAGCUUUGCCUUGCCCUUGCAGCCCAGCCCCUCCCCAGCACCCUAAGCCCACCCUGCUUCCUGAGCCCUCACUUUGGUUUUCCAAGCCCUCGGGUUCCUCUUCUGCCCGAGUUCUGCCCUCUCUGGGUCUGGCAGCUGCUCUUCUUUCAGCUCCUAAAAUCCCGUGCAGAAACCGAGCCCACCUCUGCUAACACCUCUUGUUCCCAGAAAUCCGGUGGGGAGGGGGAGUCUGGAUUGCCAACCCAGAGUGCUUUUUUGUGUCCAGCCCUCUGGUUAAGAUUAUCUGGUUAAGAUAAUCUGAAGAACUUGAUGGUGUUUGAACAAUGGCUUUAUUAUUUGUUUUAUUUUAUUUUUUAGCAAUCUCGCUAGGGUGGCUAAUCAAUUAAUUGAUUUAAUUCAUUAGUAUAUUAAUUUCUAUUGCUUUCUUCCUUUCAAAUGCUGCC